AUGGACUCAUUAUAAAUACAGAAGUAACUUAUGGUUGAGUAAUUGAAUAAAUUAGAAUACAUGGAUAAAAUACUUCCUUUGCAUAAGAAUGAAGUAUAAGCAGAGAAGAAACUGUAAGUUCAGAUCAAUAGUCUAAAUUUCAAAAGAAUUAUAGAAGGGUAGGAGAAUAAUAAAUUGAUGGCAGAAAUAGAGGAGUCAAAAUUAGAUGUUCAGAAGAGUAGACACAAAGCCUUUCAAAAAUAUUUUACUUCAUUUAUGACAGAGAAAUAGCAGUAAGAUGUCAAUAUUCUUGAAUUCAAUUAAAGUGAUUUUGAAGUUUUUCAAUAAUUGAAGGAGAGAUAAAGAUAAUUGGCAUAGGAAGAUCUGACAAUAGCUAGAUAGAAAGAGAAAACCAAUUAGAUAUUUGAAUAAAAUUUGAUGAAGAAAUGGGAUAGAGUUAGAAAAAGUAUUAUAUUAAAUUAUUUUAAGAAUUACGUAUGAUUGGUAGAAUGAAAAGAUUAUAUGAUGAAGUAAAAUUGUAUGGUACAAGUUGUAGAGUAGAGACUUCAAUAAAAAGACAUGAAGUAAUUUAGGAAUUAGAAUAAAUGCUUAACAAAUAGAAUCAGUAAAUAAGUAAGCCAAUGCCAUAGAAACACAGUAACAAUAAAGUAUAUGAGUAUAAUAGAGCAUUUGUUCCUACCAGAUUCGAUAUUCAAGAAAUAUUGGCAAUAUGUUCUAAUGAUAUUAUUGAUUUACACAGCCUUUAUUACUCCAAUUCGUUUAGCAUUUAUUGAAGAAUUUAAUAUAAUAUGGUUUAGUUUGGAAUUAAUAGUAGAUAUAUUAUUCUUUUUGGAUAUCUUAAUAACUUUUAAUACAGCUUAUUUUAAUGAGGAAGGAGUACUUAUAGUUGAUCGUUAAUAAAUAGCAAAUUAAUAUCUAAGAACUUGGUUUAUAUUUGAUUUAAUGGCUAUAUUUCCUACUGAUUAAAUAUUUGAAAAUGAAGUUCAAAAGUUAUCACAAUAUUUCAAGUAUGAAUAUUAAUUAAAGAUAAUAAUUAUAGAUUAACAAGAUUACCUAGAAUGUAUAAAUUGAUAAGUAUAAGCAGAAUGUGGUCAACUGUUUAGAAUUCUCAAUAAAAUAAUGAUUGUUUUUCAGCAAUUCAAGAUUUAAUAAAUUUGAAUUCAACAACUGUAAGAGUACUUAAAUUUUUUGGAACUGUUCUUGUUUGUGUACAUAUAAUGGGUUGUCUUUGGUAUCUAGUUGCUAAAUUAAAUUAUUUUGGUCCUAAUACUUGGGUAUAUGAAUUAGAUUUACUAAAUAAAAGUGAAUAUGAAUUAUAUUUAACUUCUAUUUAUUGGGCUGUAGCUACUAUUUGUACAGUUGGAUUUGGAGAUAUCCAUGCCUUUAAUGAUAGUAAAGUAUAAAUUAUAUAUAGCUGAAAGAAUAGUCUGUAUAUUUUGGAUGUUUUUUGGAGUUGGAUUUUAUUCAUUUACUGUAGGUUCCCUUUCUACAUUAAUGGGAACUUUGGAUACUAGAGAAUCUCAUCUAUAGAGUAAAAUAACUUUUAUGGAUGAGUUUUGUGAAGAAACUAAAUUGUCAUUAUAAAUGAAACAUAAAAUUAGGAAGGUUUUGGAAUAUAAUUCAUUAAUAAAUAUAUUCUCCUCUGCUGAAGUAGAUGAUUUUUUAUCUGAAAUACCUACUAAUUUAAAAUAUCAAAUUGCUUAAGCUAUGUAUGCUGGUCUUAAAAAUAGAGUGUCUUUCUUUAAAAAUAAGGAUUCAGUUUUCAUCUCAACAUUAAUUCCUAAAUUAUAACCAUUAAAAAUUAAUGCUGGAGAAUUUAUAUACAAUAAAGGUGAAUAUCCAAAUUAAGUAUAUUUUAUUGUUAAUGGAAGAGUCAAUAUGGUUAUUGGUGUCUAUUCAAUUACAUUUAAAACAUAUGUAACAGGUAGUUAUUUUGGUGAAAUUGAAAUAUUUGAUAAUAGUGCACGUUUUCAUUCAGCUAGAGCUGAAUUAGAAUGUGAAUUAUUAGCAAUUGAAUAGGAUGUAUUUAAAAAAAUAUUGCAAGCAUUUCCAGAAUAUUUUGAAGAAAUUAAAGUUAUUUCAUUAGAAAAAUUAAAAAGAGAAAAAGAUUCAAUUGAAAAAUUAUAAGAUUUAACUGGAUUAUCAUAAACUUCUGAAUUUUUUAACAAAAAAAGAACUCAAUCUAUUUAUAAAUCAAUUAAAUAAAGAGAAUCUGUUCAUUUUAUUGAUAAUAGUGAAGAAUCAGAAUAAGAUAUUAAAUCUAUGAGAUCCAGCAAAUUUGGUUUCUUUAAAAAGAAAACUAAUCAUUUAACUCCUGAAGAAACUUUUACUACUAGAUUACAUACUUAAGAAGAUAAUUAUUAAAAGAAUCUUGUUGGUUUAGAGAGUAGUCAAUAAUAAAAUGAAUAACAAUAAAAAAUAAUAACAUUAUCAAUUCCAGAUUAAGUUAAAAGAUAAAGUGAACAUUAAAUUAAAUUAUAUGGAGAAAUUCCUAAUGAAAUUUCAUAAUUUAAUGAAGAUCUUGAUUAGUCUCAAAAUUAAAAAAAUAAUCAAAGAAUAUAAAGUGAAGAACCAAAUCGUCCUCCUAGAACUAAAUAAGUUAGAUAUAUUAGUCAAAAUCUAAGAUGUAGUCCAAAAAGAAUUGAAAAUAGAAAACCAUCCAUUUAAAUAACAUCAGCUAUUGAAAUUACUGAUACUCCCUUAAUCUCAUCAGUGAGAUCUAACUUUGUCAAACCUUCUAUUAAAAUUGAUGAAGCAUCUCAUGAAUCUGAAGGGUCCAAUAAAAACUCUCCAAAAAUGUCCAUAUUUUCAUAAAAUGCUUUAUUUAAUGCUUAAACUCCUUAAAAUUCCUCUAGAAGAAAUUCAAUUUCAUAAAAAUUACCAAAACCAUCUCCUUUUUAAAAAUAACAAUCAAUAUUUAAAACUGUUAGCAAUUAAUAUAUUGAAGCUAGUAAACUUAAGAAUUUACCUAGAUUGGGUGGAUUUAGAAGAACAUAUAGAAAAGAAAGGGAAAUUGAAGUCUUAGAAGAAACAAUAGAAAAUGAAGAUUAUACUUAAUUACAAUAAAAGUUAGUUGAAUUAUUAGAGAAGAUUAAGAAAUAGAAGGAAGAAUAAAAAAUAAAAAAAUAAAAAAUCUAAUUCAAUAUCAUAAAUCCAUUGCCUAAAAAGAUUGUUUUGUAAUAAAAAGAUUCUAUAAGUAUUUCAGAUUUACCAGAUGUUGAAAAAUAAUAAUUAUCUAAAUAAGAUAGUAAUAGUAGUGGUAUAUUAGAAUGA